CCCAUUGGAGGCUCCAACCAGCAGGCUACCCUUCCAUAAUCACGUACAGCCCUAAUUUAGUAACACCGUCACGCGUCUGUUAGUUUACUACUUUCCGUAACUCAGUGACAACAAUGUCCCAUGUAAAGGGGGGUUGGAGUAUGUUUCUGAAAAAGCGUAGCAUAUGGAAGCAGCUAUGUCAUUCGAAUGCCCCAUAUCUAAGAGACAACACUUUAAAAGGAGUAGUUUCCGACAGCUCCUGUUAUCAGAAUCAGGUGUCAGGAAUGCCAGUCUAAUUCCCGGCAUACCUACGUGUGGCGGGCUGAUGUAUAAAGGAGCAGAGGCUGCUGGCGUCUAGCAUCCAAACAGCUCCAAGCAAAGAAGCCAAAGCCAUCUAUCCAACAACUGAUCCAACCACCAGGAGCUGAGAGAACCAUGUAUCUGUCCUGCGUUCCCGUCUGCAGCCUCCUCCUCAUCUUCAGCCUGCAGCUGUGCAGCUCAUAUCCCAUCAACACGGGCCUGACAGACACCGACAUGGACAUCCUAAAGGUGCUCCUUCACAGACUGGAGGAGUCGGUUCCUGAUGUCCCUGCAGGUGUGGACAGUGUGGACAGUCUGGACAUGGAGGAGGCUGCAGAUGGACAGCAGCUCCAGGAUGGACUGCUGGAUGAAGCAGCGAUCAGAGAGUUCCUCUCUGCUAAGAACCUGAAGAGCGUCCGCACCGACUCGUCCAGGAAGUCGUCCGGCUGCUUCGGCCGCAGGAUGGACAGGAUAGGCUCCAUGAGCUCUCUGGGCUGCAACACAGUCGGGAAAUACAAUCCAAAGUGAAGAUGAAGUCUUACCAUCUGGAUUCUGGAGCUGCAGCGUCUCUAUAGAAGGACAUUUUUAUUCAAUGCUAUUUAUUUACUAAUAUUUAUUGAUUAUUAUUGGUGGCUUACAAAUAUAUUUAUUUAAAAUGAAUGUAAGACUGUUCUUUACGUACUGUGGAAUGUUUUAA